UUCAGCCAACUGGUUUCCAAUGAUCUGAAGGUCCUGGGAAGGAACUCAUACAUUUUCUGUACCGAUGGCCAGCCCCUUAUUCGACAAGUUCUCCACCCAGAAGCAUCCAAAAAGAAUCUUCUGCUGUCUGACUGUUUUUAUUCAUUUUAUGAUCUACGGAAAGAAUUUCAUGACUGCUAUCCCAGCUCAGCCGCCGUGAAGGAUCAAACUAUACAAUCUAUGGCAGAAUAUAUCGGCUAUGGGAUAGAUGAAAACGAGGAGGACUUUGGAGUAUGGCAAGUGAAAGCCAUGGUAGCCAUUGUUUUCAGCAUGCUUCCGGAGACAUGCAAUCACAGGUUUACCACCCCAGAAACGGUGAAGUACAAGUACGAAACAGGACCCUGUAGUAAAUCAGAAGCAGUGGACAACGAAACGGUCAUACGUGCCCGAGGGCUUCCUUGGCAGUCUUCGGACCAAGACAUAGCUCGCUUUUUCAAAGGCCUUAAUAUUGCCAAGGGUGGUGUGGCCUUGUGCCUGAAUGCUCAAGGAAGGCGAAAUGGAGAGGCUUUGGUGCGGUUUGUCAGCUCGGAGCAGAGAGACCUGGCUCUGGAGAGGCACAAACAUCACAUGGGAAGCCGAUACAUUGAGGUUUACAAAGCCAUGGGAGAGGAAUUCCUGAAAAUUGCUGGUGGCACCUCCAAUGAAGUUGCCCAGUUCCUCUCCAAGGAGAACCAAGUCAUCAUCCGGAUGCGGGGCCUCCCUUUCACCGCAACGCCCGAGGAUGUGCUGGGCUUCUUGGGCCCCGAGUGUCCCGUCACCGGGGGCAAGGAGGGCCUCCUCUUUGUCAAGUAUCCAGAUGGCCGGCCAACUGGAGAUGCAUUUGUGUUAUUUGCUUGUGAAGAUUACGCACAGAAUGCUCUUAAGAAACACAAGGAGAUCCUGGGAAAACGCUACAUCGAGCUCUUCAGAAGCACAGCAGCUGAAGUCCAGCAGGUUCUCAACCGAUACAUGUCAGCCCCAUUGAUUGCUACUCUUCCUACCCCGAUCGUCCCUGUCAUCCCUCCUCCUUACACCAUCGCUGCUGGCAGUGUGCGAGACUGUGUCCGCCUCCGUGGCCUGCCUUACACAGCUGGGAUAGAUGACAUUCUGGAGUUCAUGGGCGACGCAACUGGGGACAUCAAACCGCAUGGAGUUCACAUGGUUCUCAACCAGCAAGGCCGGCCUUCUGGUGAUGCCUUUAUCCAGAUGAAAUCUUCUGACCGAGCCUUCUUGGUAUCCCAGAAGUGUCACAAGAAAAUGAUGAAGGACCGUUACGUGGAAGUCUUCCAGUGUUCAGGAGAGGAGAUGAAUUUUGUUUUAAUGGGUGGCACUUUAAACCGUAGUGGCUUGUCUCCGCCCCCUUGUAAGUUACCAUGCCUUUCUCCUCCCGCCUACGCUUUUCAAACGGCGGCCACCACAGUGAUCCCGGCAGAAGCCGCAAUCUACCCAUCGCAAGCCCUCUUGGCUCCAACCAGGACUCAACAAGCCUCAGCUGCAGCCGCAGCGGCCGCGGCCGCCGUCACUCCAGCUGUCGCCUACUACCCUGCUCAGGCAGCUCAACUUUACAUGAACUACACAGCUUACUACCCCAGCCCUCCAGUGUCUCCAACCACUGUUGGCUACAUCACGGCUCCACAAGCCGCCGUUGCGGCCGCUGCCUCGGCUUCCCACACUCCGAUGCUCCCUCAGGCAGGCGCUCUUGUCCGGAUGCAAGGAUUGCCCUACAAUACAGGAAUGAAGGAAAUCCUCAGCUUCUUCCAAGGCUAUCAGUAUGCUCCCGACGACUACAAUGGCCUCAUUCAGCUGAACGACCAAGCAAGGAGCGUGUUACAAGCACCGAAAGACUGGGUUUGCUUGUAAGUGUUGGUAACCACCAGAGAAGCUCCAUGCAGACUCCGUCCUUCCGC